AUGAUUUUAACAUCUUCUUAUAAGGGAUUUGGAUCAGUUCCAAAAGAGGUUUUCCUCGAGCUUAAUGAUGAGGAAAAAGAAAUUUUAAUCUCGACCGAUGCCCAUAAAGUAGAAAAAGAUAUUCAAGAUCAUAUGGGAUUUCAAACAAAAUAUAAAAAUUGUCAAAUUGAGAUGUACAGUACUCAGAUAGAAAUAAAUUUAUUGAUGAACUUUAUUCAAUCAAUACAAAUAAAUAUGCUUGAUCCAGGCAGUUUUGUUGAAUGGAUACCUUUUGAAAAUUUUAAAAAUAUCAAGUAUAAGUCAAAAGGUGAAUUUGGAUCUAUUUAUACUGCUGAAUGGUUAAAUGGAAAAAUUACAGAAUGGGAUUAUGAAAUCAAAAAUUUUUGA